CUUAACAUCGAAAAACUACCUAUGUAAGCACUAACCCAGGUACUAUGUAGAUGAAAAUUUAGAAAUGGUUACGUACCUCCUAGACAUUAUGGAGUACGCAGACUCGGACCAAGUGAUCGAAGUGCUAGGUGGAGCUGUCAGCACGAGGGUGAUACGCCACCCCAACAGGUCAUUCGCGUUCGAAGUCACCCUUGAUUUAGAGAAAGGAUCGGAGCACUUCUCAACCAAGCCGCCCCUUCACUUUCACGCAAAUCAAGAUGAAUUCAUACAAGCAACUGAGGGUAAGAUAGGACUCGAGCUUGAGGGAACGGAGUACAUUCUCCUUCCAGGACAAGAUGAAUAUUGCAUCGAGUCAUGGGCAAAUCAUCGCUCGUAUCCUCUUGAAUUAGAGAGGCAAGAGGGGAGAACCGUAGUCAAGUUUCUACUGUCGGGCGCGAAGAGCCCAGAGGUUUACGAGCUCAACACAUUGUUUUUCGAGAAUUGGUAUAAAUAUCAGGAACAUGUGGUUCGAAAAGGAGGAAAAAUCGACCUCAUCCAGGCCUUGAGUACAUUUGAUGCCGGUGGAACAUAUGUUUCAUUCCCGCGCUGGGUCCCCUUCGGGAGACAAGUAUCGCAAUUAAUCGGCAUUGUCGUUGGAAGAUGGCUGGGUGGCUUACUCGGGUACCAGCCAUUCUAUCGCGAGUGGUCCACCGACUGGCAGUUGGCCUGUGAUAAAAUGGAAUCAUCAAUAUUCCAACGGCGAUGGGCAGUUCGUUCCAAGCCUGAUUAAGUACUGUUGAAUUACAGGGCCUAAGCCCUGUAUUCAGUACACUACUGUACUA